AUGAUUAGAGGAACGGUAGUGUCGAGGAGCUCCGUAAUUGCCGAAGGCCGCCUAGCUGGGCGUGCGUUGUUCAGUACAUCGAGCGGAAGCUUGCAGAACCCAAGGUCGCCAGUACAGAUCUUUAGAGACACUUUCAAAAAAGAGUGGAAGAAGUCACAAGAACUACAGGAUAAUAUCAAGACGUUACAGGAUGCCUCCGGAAGGCUUGGGGAGUCGGAAGCGUAUAAGAGGGCGAGAGAAGCUUAUGUGCGGGCUCAGAAGGGCUCUACAAUCGUUGGGAAGACUUUGAAGAAGACUGGAGAGACCGUUGAAAAUAUUGCUUCAAAAGCGUGGGAUUCUGAGAUUGCUAGAAACACUAGAGAGGCUGCUUCUAAAACUGCGAAGAAGAUUGACGAAGGAUUUGAGCCUGUGAGGCAAACGAAGAUUUAUAAGGAUGUCUCUGAAGUAAUGGAUGAUGGAAAUAGUUCCCGUUACGGUGGGUUUAUCACAAAGGAACAGAGAAGAUUGAAACGUGAACAGGACAUGCUAUCUGGUAAGAGAGCUAAGGCAGUCAAAGGUAAUGAAGAUGCCGGUACCGCUUUGGUGGCGACUGACAUUGAAGCUAAGCAAUCAUUUGGUAAGAAAGUCGAGGAUUUCAAGGAAAAAACUGUUCUAGGGCGUACGUUACAUCGUUUAAAGAAUUCAUUGUGGGAUGAAAGUGUUAACCCACUGAUCGUGUUUCUGAGAAAGAUUACUAGGAAGAUCGGCGGUUUCUUUGCUGAAACCGAAGCUGCUCGUGUGCUUGGUCAGUUCAAGAUGAUGGACCCCACCUUCACCAACGAAUCUUUUACCAGACAUCUAAGAGAAUACGUCAUCCCAGAGAUUUUGGAAGCAUACGUCAAGGGAGACGAGAAAGUUUUGAAGAAAUGGUUCAGUGAAGCUCCAUACAAUGUUUACGCUGCCCAGCAGAAAGCUUUCAGAGAGCAACAAUUGUUUGCAGAUGGUAAAAUUCUAGAUAUUAGAGGUGUCGAGAUCGUCAGCGCCAAGAUGCUACCACCCCAGGAUAUCCCAGUACUUGUUGUUGGUUGCAGAGCUCAGGAGAUUCACCUGUACAGAAAGGCUAAGACCGGCGAAGUGGCUGCUGGACACGAAUCCAAUAUUAUGAUGAGCUCAUACGCUAUGGUCUUUACUAGAGACCCUGAACAGAUAGACGACGAAGAAACUGAAGGGUGGAGGAUCCUAGAGUUUGUUCGUGGUGGAUCAAGACAAUUUACUUGA